UAUCGUUUAGCGACUUGGAUUUCUAUCUAGUUGAAUGUUUCUUGGUCUGAUUUUUUUGUUUAAAGGCCAGUUUGAUUCCCAUAUUCAAAGUUGAAUUGCGUAAUUGUGUUAUCUUUUGGAUUGUUUACCACUUGUUCGAUGUAAUGCUUGUAAGUUCUCAUGUUCUAAUUCGAUGCAAUUUCUGGAUAGUUUCUACGCUCCCUUGGCUUUUAUUUGGUUGAUGAUUACUAGGUGACUCUUGAUUUAACGAAUAACUCAAGACUCCGGCACACUUAAUCUAGACUGAGUCUAUCAAACAGCAAGCUUGUGCUUAGGUUUUGUCUACGCCCAUUACCACUGUCUUCACUGUUUUGAAAAUCCACUCCUAGUAAUUACUGAGCAGAGACGCUAAGAAGUUCACUUUUUUAGGGUGUUCGGAUAUUGCUUGUAAGUAAUGGACGAGGGACGUCAAAAGGACUUGCAGUUGUUGGAGGAAAUCAUUGAUAAAGGUUUAAAACAGAAGCUUGUACACACAAUUGCUUCACGGUAUUCAAAUUUUCCUCCUUUCUGGAUCCAGAUUAUAAGGGACAAGAUCUUUGAAGAACAAAAAGUACUCUCUGACUUGCGGAAAAAUCUAGAAACGCUGGAGCAAAAUGGUGUAAAUAGUCUCAAAACAAUGGUCAACCUCGGUUCAGAAGUUUACAUGCAAGCUGAAGUGCCAGAUACAAGGCACAUAUUCAUGGAUGUAGGGCUCGGCUUUUAUGUGGAGUUCACCCGGCAAGAAGCUCUCGACUAUAUCUCACAAAGAGAGGAAAGAAUUAAAAAACAAUUAAAAGAGGUAACUGGUGUUAUCACGCUGAUCAAAGGCCGCAUCAAACUGGCUCAUUACCAGAUUCAGCAAAUACUCAAUCUUCCUGACGAGAAUCCAUCAUCAUCCCGACGACGUGCGUUUUAAGUACUACCUAGUGGAUAACUGAAUAAACUGAUCAUGAGAAAAGAUAACAUUAAUGAUGAAUUUCUCUUACGCUCUUAUCCUGUUGAUUGGUUUUGCAAGGUCCCUGGUAGUCUUAUGAUUUUGAAAGCUUAAGCAUGGAAAAAGAGAAUCAUCUUAUUGUAAUACAAACUCUUCUCUUUAAUUGACUGAAUUGUUUCGUGUUAAGAUAGACAAAUGGAGUAAUCUCUUACGCAGUUAUCUCUGCCCCUGCUAGUCUUAUGAUUUUGA